GUGCUCUGUAACAGAGCAAGACUGGUCACCUACCUACCAGGGUUUUAUUCCUUAGUCAAAAGAGUUGUAAAUCCCAAGGCUUUUUCUACAGCAGGUUCCUCUGGCUCAGAUGAGCCUCAUGUUGCUGCUACACCUCCUGAUUUAUGUCCAAGAACCGUAUGGCCAGAUGAAGUAAUGGGUCCAUUUGGUCCUCAGGACCAGAGAUUCCAGUUGCCUGGUAAUAUUGGUUUUGACUGUCACCUAAAUGGCACCGCUUCUCAGAAGAAAAGUGAAGUUUCAAAAAACCUCCCUGAUAUAUUAGCAGAGCCUUCAGCGAGUGAAAGGCAUGAAUUUGUAAUGGCACAGUACAUAAACGAAUUUCAGGGUGCUGACGUUCCACAGAAACAGCAGAUCAAUAACGCUGAAACUUACUUUGAAAACGCCAAGGUAGAAUGUGCAGUACAAGCUUGUCCUGAACUGUUACGAAAAGACUUCGAGUCAAUGUUUCCAGAGGUGAGUGCCAGCCGUUUAACAGUACUGACUGUCACCCAGAAGACUAAAAAUGAUAUGACUGCGUGGAGUCAAGAAGUGGAGGAUGAGAGAGAAAUGCUGUUAGAAAAUUUCAUUAAUGGUGCCAAGGAAAUCUGCUAUGCAAUUUGUUCUGAAGGCUAUUGGGCUGACUUCAUCGAUCCAUCCUCAGGACUGGCAUUUUUUGGACCUUACACAAACAACACUCUGUUUGAAACAGAUGAACGCUACCGCCACUUGGGGUUUUCCGUCGAUGAUCUUGGCUGCUGCAAAGUUAUUCGUCACAACAUCUGGGGUACUCACGUGGUGGUAGGAAGCAUCUUCACUAACGCUGAACCGGACAGCCCCAUCAUGAGAAAACUAAGUGGAAACUAGCAGUCCUCAGGUUUCACAAGUCCUCACGACCCUUGCGUUCUUUUACUUGAUGAUUCUCUCUAAACGUUGUCAGGAAAUGUCACACUUUGAAGUAUUCUUGGAUAAUAAAGUAGCUGUUAUUUA